AGAAGCGGAGCGCUCGGAGCUCAGAAACUGCCAGCCGAGAUCACAAGCAUUGGGGCUGAAGCAGGAGGCAGGAUGGACUGAGAGAAGAGGCAGGUUGGAGGGAGAGAGGCUUGCAAAGGGAACAGCAGAAAAGAAAUCUCUGGUUGUGGUCACAGCACAGCGAGAGCCAGUAGAGUUGAGGACAGACACAAGACUGUGAAAGCCAAGAAAUGCAAAGAGAGGCAGAAGGAAGAAAAUGACAAGAGGAACGUCCAUCCGGAGAAAUGAAGAGAAUGAAAGUUUUAUGCUGCAGAACGGCUCCGUGUUUUUCCGGCACAAAAUUCUCUCGCUGUCUUUAAGCCCGCUCGCGUUUGCCAGCCGUUGAUAUCAAGAGGCAUGUUCAGUGGUGCCGGCAGCAUCUCCUCUUCCUUCUUUUCCUCUUCAUCUUCCUUCUUCUCCUCUUCUUCCUCCUCCACAUUCUCCUCCCAUCAGCAAGAAGACAAACCUAGGACAGUCUUGAAAUAUCGAAAUUUCCUCCUUGGGAUUUGCCAGCGCCGCGUUGCGCCAACACUGUCGGAAUAAAGGAGGCUGACUAUUGUAUGAUCGUUAUUUUAUUAAUUGGUCAGUGGGAAGAUUACGGCUGAGCAUAGGGGACAUCUGUCACGCUUUUUGCACUAAGACUGAAAAAUGAGACUGGAUUUGGAGACGCUUUAAAAUGAAGCAAAAGGAAUCAAAAUUUUAAGACAGCCACAGGAGCCCCCCCACGCAGCACACUUUUAUUUAUAUUUUUUAGGUUAAUUAUUUUUUGGUGGUUUGGGGGAGGUGAUCGGGUGGCUGGCUGGCUACGGGGAGCUGCUUCCUUUUCCUUUUGGAAAUGAUUGUGCUGUUCUUCUUUGCCUUGCUCUGGAUGGUGGACGGAGUCUUUUCCCAGCUUCAUUAUACUGUGCAGGAGGAGCAGGAACAUGGCACUUUCGUGGGGAAUAUCGCCGAAGACCUGGGCUUGGACAUUACAAAACUUUCAGCUCGCAGGUUUCAGACGGUGGCCAACUCACGGACCCCUUACUUGGACGUCAAUCUAGAGACCGGGGUUCUGUAUGUAAACGAAAAGAUAGAUCGCGAGCAGAUCUGCAAGCAGAGCCCCUCUUGUGUCCUGCACCUGGAGGUCUUUCUGGAGAACCCGCUGGAGCUGUUCCGAGUGGAGAUCGAAGUGCUGGACAUCAAUGACAACCCUCCCUCCUUCCCAGAGCCCGACCUGACAGUGGAGAUCUCAGAGAGCGCUACGCCAGGCACCCGCUUUCCCUUGGAGAGCGCCUUCGACCCAGACGUGGGGACCAACUCCUUGAGAGACUAUGAGAUAACCCCAAAUAGCUACUUCUCGCUAGACGUACAGACCCAGGGAGAUGGCAACCGAUUCGCCGAGCUGGUCCUGGAGAAGCCACUGGACCGAGAACAGCAAGCGGUGCACCGCUACGUGCUGACCGCGGUGGACGGGGGAGGAGGGGGAGGAGGAGGGGAAGGAGGGGGAGGCGGUGGGGGAGCCGGCCUGCCCCCCCAGCAGCAGCGUACUGGCACGGCCUUGCUCACCAUCCGAGUGCUCGACUCCAACGACAAUGUGCCCGCGUUUGACCAACCCGUCUACACGGUUUCCCUACCAGAGAAUUCCCCCCCUGGCACGCUAGUGAUCCAGCUUAAUGCCACCGACCCUGAUGAAGGCCAGAAUGGCGAGGUCGUAUACUCGUUCAGUAGUCACAUUUCGCCCAGGGCUCGGGAGCUCUUCGGACUGUCGCCACGCACCGGCCGGCUGGAGGUGAGCGGCGAGCUGGACUAUGAAGAGAGCCCUGUGUACCAGGUGUAUGUCCAAGCCAAGGACUUGGGUCCCAAUGCUGUGCCUGCGCACUGCAAGGUUCUGGUGAGAGUGCUGGAUGCCAACGACAACGCACCCGAGAUCAGCUUCAGCACAGUGAAAGAGGCGGUGAGCGAGGGUGCGGCCCCUGGCACCGUGGUGGCUCUGUUCAGCGUGACCGAUCGAGACUCAGAGGAGAACGGGCAGGUGCAGUGCGAGCUUCUGGGAGACGUGCCGUUCCGCCUCAAGUCUUCCUUCAAGAAUUACUACACUAUCGUGACCGAAGCCCCCUUGGACCGAGAGGCGGGGGACUCCUACACCCUGACCGUGGUGGCUCGCGACCGGGGCGAGCCUGCACUCUCCACCAGUAAAUCGAUCCAGGUUCAAGUGUCAGAUGUGAACGACAACGCGCCGCGCUUCAGUCAACCGGUCUACGACGUGUAUGUGACAGAAAACAAUGUGCCGGGUGCCUACAUUUACGCGGUGAGCGCCACGGACCGCGACGAAGGGGCCAAUGCAAAAUUAACCUACUCUAUCCUAGAGUGCCAGAUCCAAGGGAUGAGUGUCUUCACCUACGUGUCCAUCAACUCAGACAACGGCUACUUGUACGCCCUGAGGUCCUUCGACUAUGAGCAGAUCAAGGACUUCAGCUUUCAAGUGGAAGCCCGGGACGCCGGCAGUCCCCAGGCGCUGGCGGGCAACGCCACGGUCAACAUCUUGAUAGUGGAUCAGAACGACAACGCCCCCGCCAUCGUGGCGCCCCUUCCGGGGCGCAACGGGACUCCAGCCCGCGAGGUGCUGCCGCGCUCUGCAGAACCCGGCUACCUGCUCACUCGUGUGGCCGCGGUGGACGCGGACGACGGCGAGAACGCCAGGCUCACCUACAGCAUAGUGCGGGGCAACGAAAUGAACCUAUUCCGAUUGGACUGGCGCACGGGAGAGCUCCGCACUGCGCGCCGGGUCCCAGCCAAGCGCGACCCCCAGCGGCCUUAUGAACUGGUGAUCGAGGUGCGCGACCACGGGCAGCCGCCCCUGUCCUCCACAGCUGCCCUGGUGGUUCAGCUGGUGGAUGGAGCCGUGGAGCCCCAGGGCGGGGGCGGGGACCGAGGCGGAGGGUCCGGGGAACACCUGCGCCCCAGCCGCUCUGGUGGCGGGGAAACUUCCCUGGACCUCACACUCAUCCUCAUCAUCGCACUGGGCUCGGUGUCCUUCAUCUUCCUGCUGGCCAUGAUCGUAUUGGCGGUGCGCUGUCAAAAAGAGAAAAAACUCAACAUCUACACGUGUCUGGCGAGUGAUUGCUGCCUCUGCUGCUGCUGCUGCGGCAAUGGGAGCUCCACCUGCUGCGGCCGCCAAGCCCGGGCGCGCAAGAAGAAACUCAGCAAGUCAGACAUCAUGUUGGUGCAGAGCGCCAAUGUCCCUAGCAACCCGGCCCAGGUGCCGGUAGAGGAGUCCGGAGGCUUCGGUUCCCAUCACCACAAUCAGAACUAUUGCUAUCAGGUCUGCCUCACCCCGGAGUCCGCCAAGACCGACCUGAUGUUCCUGAAGCCCUGCAGCCCUUCCCGGAGUACAGACGCUGAGCACAAUCCCUGCGGAGCCAUCGUCACCGGGUACAGCGACCAGCAACCCGACAUCAUUUCCAACGGAAGCAUUUUGUCCAACGAGAAUAAACACCAGCGAGCAGAGCUCAGCUAUCUAGUUGACAGACCUCGCCGAGUUAACAGUUCUGCAUUCCAGGAAGCUGAUAUAGUAAGCUCUAAGGACAGUGGUCAUGGGGACAGUGAACAGGGAGACAGUGAUCAUGACGUCACCAACCGUGGCCAGUCAGCUGGUAUGGAUCUCUUCUCCAACUGCACCGAGGAAUGUAAAGCGCUGGGCCACUCUGACCGAUGCUGGAUGCCUUCUUUUGUCCCUUCGGAUGGACGCCAGGCUGCAGAUUACCGCAGCAACCUGCAUGUCCCCGGCAUGGACUCUGUUCCAGACACCGAAGUCUUUGAACCUCCGGAAGUCCAACCUGGGGCAGAGCGUUCCUUCUCCACUUUCGGCAAAGAGAAGGCCCUGCAUGGCACCCUGGAGAGGAAGGAGCUGGACGGAUUGCUGUCUAAUACACGAGCGCCUUACAAACCACCAUAUUUGACGCGGAAAAGGAUAUGCUAGUCAAUUCUGCAGCUUACCCGAAGCAGUAUGAUUUGCACAGAGUCGACCAACAAAAGCAUCAACUUUUCAACUUCAUUAUCUUGGCCAUCCAGUUAGUUGUGUGUAGCUGAGUGUUAGAAUUCCAGCGGAGUCAUCGUGGCCACGUGUAGGACCUAAUUGCUCUCAGCAGGCCUGAGAAAUGAGUUGAAAUGUGCAGACUGUAGAAACUCCGUAGGCAACCAGCGUUGCCUCUCCGAUCAGUGUGUGCCUGUUUACAGCACUAUCUAUCCUUCUCUCUCCAAAUGUCACUGAGCCCUUUACAUGUUUAUAUUCACCAUGAGAAGCCAGUCAUCAAGAUAAAAGAAAUUUGUGCAUUAUAAAUGCAAUAUCACUGUUUUAAACUUGACUGUUUUAUAUUAUUUUUGUGUGACCAAGUGUUCCCCAAACUAUCCCAACUUUACAAGAGAGAUGUGACUAUGUUCUUUUCAUCUGUGGGCUAUUAAAAAAAAUGUUGUAUCCUAAAGACCCACAAAGUAUCAAAGAUAUUCUGUAGUUUAUACACCGUGUUGCAAAGUGUUUACUGUACUAUUUCAAAGCUUCUAAAUAAAUAUAAAAUAUAUAUUAUAUUAUAUAAUUUUCCUAAGAUGUGAUACAAAUUAGUUGGUUUUUAAUGGAUUCAUACAACCCUCACCAUACAAUAAAAUAGAAGGCAAUUCAGGGUCCCUAAGAUUAACUGAGAAAUACUAUCAAUAGUUUGUCCUGAUUUUCAUACCUUGCUCAAUCCUGUAUUCUUCUUUCUCUAAAAGAAAGUGAAGUUCUAAGCUGCAAAAAUUUGUCAAGAACUCAUUGUGAAUUUUCAAUGCCAAAGAUGUAGCUGUUAAUAUUGUCAGGCGGAGCACAGAAGAUGUAGUUUCAAAACAUCGAGCAGUCUACAUGAUUCCGAUUCUAUUUCCACGGCUUCUGAAUUUAGCAUCACUUAAAGCUUUUAUAAAGAAACUAUAAAUUCACCUGUAUUUGUUGUUAGGAAAAUAACUGGGUGUCUGUACAUUUUGUGGUGUAAAAUAUGUAACUGAAGAUUACUAUUUUAAGACGUUCUCAUCAUAUAAUUCAUAGCAUUUUAUUUUACAUAGUUUUACAUAGUUUUGUGACUCUUAAGUAAACAUGAAUAAAAAUCUAUAACUCUAUAUAUGAAUAUAUAGAGAGGUAUAUAAAAAUAAUUAUCUGAGCUGGUAUGUAUUAACAAUAAAAAUAUUUAAAAAGUCUCUAAAUUUAAAAAAACAUUAAAUAAAUUUGGAGAUAGAAACAUGAUACAUUACUGUUUCAAUAUUAUAUGUGAAAUUUUUAUAGCUUAAAUGUAGUCAGUGUUUUAUUAAUGAGAAUAUUCUUCAUGGGUCAGUCUUGAAAAAUUAAUUUCGUCUUUUACUUUCAUGUCAACAAGGUUAUUAAAUCCAGAAAGACAUAUUUUCCUUUAGUUCACAUAUUUUUUCUGCUGUUGCUUGUUGAAACAGGGGAGGGAUAAGAAUCAGAGAAUGUGCGAGAGGUUCUUCCCAGCAAACCAUGGAAUAAAUUUAACUGCCCUCUAAAACCGACUCCAGAAUGAUAUCAAGAUAUUUGCUAAGCCCAAAUUAUAGGCUCAUUUUGAAAUGAUAACCUUUAUUUUCAUCUGGUUUUAUUCUCACUGUUAGCUUGAGCUACAGAAUGAUAAAGAAUAGACUAAAAUGUAACACUUGACAAAUGAGUUCCAUCUAAUUUCAUACGAUUUAAAAUGAAGUUUAAAUUAAGAUGGAUCAUUAAAAUACAUACAUGCAGUCAUUAGCCCUUCUCAUAUUAGUUUAGAGUAACAUCUAGUGCCAUUUUUGAUACUACUGAAUUACAUAAUAAUGUAUCAUAAUGCCAUUUUGUUUAUAGCAACAUAAUGUAAGCGUCAUCCUGUCUCUGAGGGACCAUUUGAAAAAGAGACCAGUUGAUCAUAUGUGACUCCAAAGCAUAUAUACUGACUGGGUACCACAGAAAUCUUUUCUCAAAUGUAUGGCAUACUACAUGAUAGACUAUUUUAGUAAGAAGAUGUUAUAUAUAAUUUAAUUGAGAAAAGGUUUUUUUCUAAUUACUUUUAAAUCAAAAAAUGCUUUUUUAUUCAAUCACUUUAGUAGUAUUAAAACCAUUUUUGCUUCAAUUUACAGUCCUGCAUUAACAUCCAUAUUCAUCUCUCAUGUUCACCUCACAUACAAUGGUUGGACUAAUUCAUUUGAUUUAAAACUCUUUUUAAAAUCUUUCAUGUCAUAUGCAAUAUACAUUAUGCAUCCUUUUCAGACAUAUAGUCAUGUGCUAGCAGUUUUUGCAUAUAAUAGCAGCUCUCUAGAGUAAUUUGUACUGUAGUUUUAAAUUGUAUCACUGUUUUACAAAACAGAUAUAAUUUGACAAACCAAAUUCGUAAAAUACACAACAUUACGUGCUAGUAUCAUUUAUCAAUAAUUGCAUGCAGGAUAAAUUAGAAGUGAUGCUGGAGAUACGAUUUCAGUAAAUUGAUUGAAAUAUUAUAUUUCAAAAACAAAGUCUAUAAGAAAGCAGCAGUGAAACAAGAGAGCAAUAAAGCACGACAGGCAACUUCAUCAGCACAUCAAGGAGAGGCAGUGUAGGUUUCACGCUGAAUCUGAUCGUUUCAGUAUCCAGUCUGCUAUUACUGUGUACAUGCUCAAGGAAAUGAUAGAAUUAGACAGUGUUUCAUCCAUAAUACAUGUCCAAUAACAAAGUGGAAUUUACCCCUUAUUUAGUCUCAUUAGUUUUAGAGCAGUAAAACUCAAAAAAUUUUCCUGUGGAAAGAGUGUUGUACGUUUUUAAUGGUAUGUCAAAUGACAAUUUUUAGGAAUAUUUCAUCCACAUGUAAAGUUAUAAUUUUAAUCUGUGAGCAUACUUUUGUAAAAUCACCUUAAGUCAAGUCUAUAAAUAUUGCAUCAUAAUGGAAUCAAAGAUAUAACAAUGUCAAUGAUAUAAAUGUGUCACCCUUUUUAGGAAACAUGUAUAUUUAGUUUUAGGAAAAUAUUAAAUGCAAUGCCUUUAUCCAACAGUGUGACUUAGAAAUCAUAUAGAGUAUAUAAAUAUUUUCAUUAUCCAUUCUCUUUUGUUUCUAGUUUGUGCUAUAAUUUGUCCUCAGAUGCUCUGAAAUGUUGAAUUGCUUUUGCUUUUCCAUAAAAUGGAAGAAAACUAUUCCCUGCAGUUCUUGACAUAUAGGCUGUCAGAAGUAGGCAUUGAUAUUACUGUAGAAUCUUGCAGAGUUGUGUAUGGAGUUUAUUAAACUGAAUAUGAUGAAUGUUUGCCAAGAUAAAUAAGGUAUUUAUGGUAUUGAAAGAUAAUGACAUUGUUUUUGUCAUUAUGUUUAAUUUUCCCCUUCAUAACAAUGUGUGGCAUAAAUACUCACAGAACUACAAAACCUUUAAUACUGUUAUACUCAAUGAUUUUGCUGGAAUCAUAUAUUUUCUCAUACCAGAACUUUUUUCCGUUCUUAAUCCUUCCUCAAGUCUAAUUUUGUAGUGGUAAAGGCUUUGCAUUAACAUCCUUUUUAUGUUCCUUUUUUAACAAGGAAUACCAGAAAAUUGCUAAAUUCAAUAUUUUUUACAUCCUGAAGUAGUAAAGUUAUUUUGUAUAUUGUUAGUACUUCAAGAAAUAUCCCCCCCUGAGAAGUUGGACAAAACCCUUAUGCAGUAAUCUGUGAAAUUGUUCAGUAGAGAAUAUUUUCUGCAAACACUUGGCUUAGAUUUUAGAUCUUAGCAUUCUCUCAGAAUGCUGGUAGCUGUGUGCCGCCAGAGUAUAGCAGGCAAUAAUAUGACUUUGAUUCUAAUACUUUUAGUGUGCAUGCAUGUGUUUCUAAUCACUGUUAUUUUUUAAGUAUUUGUAAAAUUAGAAAAAAAAUCUUUUCUUGAAAACUCGUCAGAUGCUUAGUUUGAAGUUUUUCUCCCCAGAUGUUUUUUGAGGAGUGUGAAAAUACUGCACUGUGGAUGCAGAAAAUAUUACAUUUUCACAUGCAACUUAAAAAAAAUUCUGGAACAUAGAACUCUCACUUCCCAAACAUCUGUAUGUCCUUGAGCUGAAGGUGAGCAGGGAGCUUCAGUUCUAUGGACAAGUCUGAUACAAUUAUCUGUGAGUGAAAACAGGGUAUUAUAACACAUGAGUUUCAGUCUUAAUUGCAGUGUUGUUACUGUGAAUGCUAUAACCAUACAUAAGUAAAAUGUGUGUAAAUGUAAUAUAUUAUUUUAUACUGCUGUAUACAUACAAAAUCAAUAAAACUAGGAUACAUAUCACACCA